CAGUGUUUAUCGUCAGAAUCACAAUUUGUUGACGUUCAAAUCCUUCGACCGACAGGGACGGCGUCGCUGAUUGUUGUCGUCUGUGUAUUUGUCUCCACGUAGCUUCAGAUGAGCGAAGAUGGCGGAAGUGGAUGAAGCUAGUAAACCCCUGUUUGCAGGGCUGUCUGAUGUGUCCAUCUCAGAAGAUAUCCCUGUGGAAGGAGAGAUCACAGUUCCAGUUGGGUCUCCGUCACAUGAUGAUGAGUACUCUACACUUGAUGAACCAGUGAAAGAAACCAUUCUGAGAGAUUUGAAGGCUGUAGGAAAAAAGUUUGGCCAUGUGAUGUAUCCUAAGAAAAGCACAACACUACUUAGAGACUGGGAUUUAUGGGGUCCUUUGCUGCUCUGUGUCACAUUAGCUCUCAUGCUGCAGGGGGGGUCUGCAGACAGCAAAGAAGACGGAGGGCCCCAGUUUGCUGAAGUGUUUGUUAUUAUAUGGUUUGGAUCGGUCAUUAUUACAUUGAAUUCCAAGCUGCUGGGAGGCACUAUCUCGUUCUUCCAGAGCCUGUGUGUACUGGGAUACUGUAUCCUGCCUCUGACUGUUGCAAUGAUUGUCUGCAGGCUGGUGCUUCUAGGGGGCACAGGGACAGCUAGUUUUAUUGUUCGAUUUAUAGUAGUCGUUGCGUCGUUUGGAUGGUCAACGUUUGCAUCCACAGCCUUCUUGGCAGACAGCCAGCCUCCGAAUCGCAAAGCCUUGGUUGUGUAUCCAGUAUUCCUGUUCUACUUUGUCAUCAGCUGGAUGAUUCUUACCUUCUCCCCAUCACACAGCGAUGGAGCGACAGGCACAGGACCCUGAACUGACAGCAUUUCUCCUGAAGAUUAAGAGACUGUUCUUCACUCCCAUUUGGGAAGGAAAGGAAUUGGAAGCUGGAAGGUUCAGGGUGACUCAAAUAAGCGUCAACAGCCCAAAAUGACCUGCAUGUGUUUUAAACUAUUUGAAGUAACCCUUGGGAAUAAAUGCAUUAAACAUGGAACUGGACCCUAUGUUAUCUUUUAAAAUACCAUUGUUAUUUUUAUUGAAGUCUCUUAUUAAUCUGUAACAAUUUAGAAUUUGCAAGGAAGUGAAGAAUAAGAGAAUAUGCAUGGAGUGCAAUAAUAUGAAUGGUAUAUAAUUGUCUCUGGAUUAAAAAAUGCCCGUCAUAUGCAGGUUUUACGGGUGGAUUAAAAUAGUUGUUUGCCUUAUGGUAGGUUAAAAAUCAACCAAAUAACACAAGAGCCAGCAAUACAGUGCUGUUUGAAACGCCAAGUAUUUCAGCAUUUAAAUUACUGGCGCUCCAGUGUACUGCUGGAUAGAAAGCAUUCCCUGACUGUGAAAGACAGCAGGGUUAUCCUGAUGAAUACUUCAGGUUUUGGAUUCUUGGUAGAAUUUGUUUCAGAAGCAAACUGGCAUAGUAGUAGUACAGUCUAACACAACUGCACCCCCAACACAACUGAAUCAAACAGAAUGUUUGUAUAACAGUGAGCAACCCUUCUUCAGGAAGAAGUGCAAACCACCUUUGAUCCUUCUGUUUGCUAAAUCUGCUCCGCAGCUUGAGAAUUGUGGUUGGGUUAUUCUAUGCUACUCUUUUGUCUACUAGUGAACUGUACUGGAAUAUUACAAAGUGUUAGCAAUUCUAAUACUGUUCUGUUUGUUUCACUAAACAUUAUAUAACCUUGCUACUUGUCAGGAUGAUUCUGGCUGUGUAUAAAUGGGUGUACCGUGUAUGUUCAAUGUAAACACUAUUUUAUGUUUAACUUGUUCUUUUAAGACUUUAUGUUUUUUUUUAUUGUAAAGGUUGUAUUUGGGUUUGUUUUCUGAUUAAUUUAUUUUAUGAAUACAGGUGUUAGAAGUUGUGGUGAUUGAAGGGGGUUGAAAUUAACAAAGAUUCUAUGACAUUGUAACAAACUACUGUUUUUUUUUUUUUUUUUUCAAUGACAUAAAUGGACUCAAAGUCUGAUUCAUGAAUCUCAACUGGGUUCUGAAGAAUCCAUGCAGAUAAACAGUUUCCGCAAGUUGAGUUAAAAUAUUAGAUGUAUAAAUCUGGACCAUUCUUAUAAACCAUGUUUUUUUUUUUCUUUUCAGUUCUACACAGUUGUACCUGCAGCUCUGACUAUGCAUCUCUUGCUCAUGGCAUUCACAGCUAAAUUAUUAAUUACAAAAAUCCUUGUAAACGUUCAUACUCUAAAUGACUAAUAUUCAUUAAGGAAAUCUCUGUGUUAGAGAUAUGAGUGAGUGACUUAGCUGAAGAAAGUUACAACACUUAGCGAUUCCUAGCUUACGUGCUGAAAAGGUUUACUGAACUUGUGUUAAUAGAUGGCACAAAACAUUAGCAUGCUGGGGGCGAUUUCCCUAAUAUGGUUGUGUUUUGGGUCAGAUCUUUACAUGGGAAAUGUUUAUUGCAGAUGAGCUUCAACGUACCUUUUGUUUUUUUAAAGCAGGGAAUUGUAAAGACAUGCCUUAAUGUGUUGUGCAUGUAAAUAAACCCUUAUGUGUUUGUUACUCCACACUUGAAAGAGCUUUGUCAUCUACAAUGAAUACAUUGAAAAAAUGUCAAUACAAAUACUGUAUAUAACAUUUAAAAUGGCCACGCUUAACAGUACAUUUCUAAUCUAAAAGUAAGAUACAACAUUUUUAUAAUGAGAAUUUCUUUGCGACUGGAUAUUUAUAUUUUUCAGUGAAAGUGACACAUCUUUUUCUAAAGCAGUGUACUUUACACAUUACUACUGUUUCUUAAUGUCUGCUGUAAAUGUCAUCAGAAAAUAAAUGUUUUCUUUCUAUUGUGCAUAUGUAUACUGGGUUGCUCAGAAGAAAUGUAAAUUAAUUGCACAUUUAAAAACUGAUCAUUAAAGUUUGACAGGUUGAAUAUUGCG